AUGCACAGUGGAACACGUGCUCACAAAUGUGAAAUAUGCAACAAAACAUUUGGAACACCACAAGCAUUAAGAGCCCAUAAAAUAAUCCAUAUCGAAGAACGCCCUUAUAAAUGUGAGACAUGCAAUAAAACAUUCAAAAUAAGAAAUAGAUUAAUCCAACAUGCAAUUAUUCAUGUUAAAGAAAACCCUCUAAAAUGUGAAAAAUGUGGUAAAAUGUUCACAACAAAACAAAAAUUAAAUUAUCAUGCAAUUGUACAUGCCAGAGGAAGCGGUUAUAAAUGUGAGACAUGCAACAAAACAUUUACAACAAAAUUUGAAUUAAAGCGACAUAAAAUGCUACACACUGGGGAACGUCCUUACGAGUGUGGGAUAUGUAACAGGGCAUUCAUAACAAAAAAGGAAUUAAAUCUUCAUGGACUUGUACAUACCGGAGUACGCCGUUUUAAAUGCGAGGCAUGUGAUAAAGCAUUUAAAACAACCCGUGCAUUAAAACUACAUAAAAUGAUGCAUACUCAAGGAUACCCUCAUAAAUGUGCAAUAUGCAAUAAAGGAUUUGUAACAAAAUUCGCAUUAAACCAACACGAAAUUUUUCAUACAGACGAUCCUUAUAAAUGUGUAACAUGCAAUAAAACAUUUGUAUCAAAAUACACAUUAAAAUUACAUGAAUUGCGCUAUAAAGGAAGGGAAUCAAAGCAUCGUGAAAUGGGGUACACCGGAGAACGCUCUCGCACAUGUGAAAUAUGUAAUAAAGUAUUUAAAACAAAAGAGAUAUUAAAGAAGCACCAGUAUGUCCAUGAAGAAAGAACUUCUUACACUUGUGAAAUAUGCAGUAAAACAUUUUCUGGAAAAUACACAUUACAUGUACAUAAAAGGAUCCACACUGGAGAAUGUCUUCACAAAUGUGAAAAAUGCAGUAAAACUUUUACAAGUAUUACAAAUUUAAAUCGACAUAAUCUUGUCCAUAGUGAAGAACGCCCUUUUAAAUGUGAGACAUGUGGUAAAGCGUAUAAAGCAAAACGGACCUUACAACUACAUGAAAAAUCACAUUGA